CAGUUCGGAUCAGCUGAUGGGAACUGACUCACCUCUUCCCGGACAACAUGUCGACACAUCCAGCGAGAAAGAAGAAGAAAGAGGACUUCAUUCUUUAAUUAUCUCCGGGAGGAACAGAGCGAGCUGCUGGAUCCGGAUUCAGACAGACUCCUGUGUGACUCCAUGCCCUCCUCGUCCUCCUCUUCCUUCUCCUUCUCGCCGUGGUGAAGAGUAACCAGAUUAAAGAUGUCCGCUGUGAUGGGGGGGGUCUCCUCCUCCGCCCUCAGGGCUCCUGGGGGGGCUCUGGUUCUCCUGCUCUCCGUCACGCUGCUGUCUGGGUUCAGCCCGCUGUGCAUCGCUCGGGGAGGGGGCUGCUGCAGCAUGGACCCACGUUUUCGGCGCAGGCUGCUCAGCCUGAUCAGCUGUUUUGCAGGAGGAGUGUUUUUGGCCACCUGUCUGCUGGAGCAGCUGCCGGACUACCUGCAGAGCAUCGAGGAGGCCUUCAGAAGCGCGGGGGUCACACUUCAGUUCCCUCUGCCUGAGUUCAUCAUGGCGAUGGGUUUCUUCCUGGUUCUGGUUCUGGAGCAGGUCAUCCUGGCCUUUAAGGACCAGCCUCAGAUGAAGGAGUGUCGCGCUCUGCUGCCGAACUCCAGCGCCAACUCCCACCGCCACGGCGCGUCAGAGGAGUCCGGCGGCAGCCUCUUCCACGUGGACCUGAGCGCGCAGUCGGCCCUGCGCUCCUUCGUCCUGGUCUUCUCGCUGUCGCUGCACUCCGUGUUGGAGGGGCUGGCGGUGGGCCUGCAGGAGAUCUACGUGGCAAGGCAAGGCAAGUUUAUCUAUACAGCAUCUUUCAACACAAGGCCAUUCAAAGUACUGUACACAAAUGAAAAACAUUAGGUGCAUUAAGAAACAGUGUCACGGAAACACGUUAUGAA